AUGAACUUUGAUAAAACUGAGCAAAAUGCAGCAAUGAUGGAACAGGAACUGACUUCAGCAACUUCCUUGAAAAUCAUCUUCAACCUCUGGACGAUGGGCAUGGACCACACCAGAUACACCAGCCGUCAGUAUGAUGGAAAAGGGAAACCACUGCCAGAGUACCAUGCAAAAAUCUCUGGAUUUGAUGAACGGAUACGUGUAAUGGAAUCCUUGAGGAAGCCAAAACGUAUAACAAUCCGAGGCAGUGAUGAACAGGAGUAUCCUUUUCUUGUCAAAGGUGGUGAAGACCUGCGACAAGACCAACGUAUUGAGCAGCUGUUUGAUGUAAUGAACAUUAUCCUUUCGCAAGAUGCUACAUGUAGCCAAAGGAAUAUGCAGUUAAAAACUUACCAGGUCAUCCCCAUGACAACAAGACUGGGACUCAUCAAGUGGCUGGAAAAUACUUGUACUUUAAAAGAAUUCCUUAAGAAUAGCAUGUCUGAAAAGGAAGACAUCAACUAUAACAGCGAAAAAGGACCUCGUGCUACCUAUUCUGAGUGGCUGUCCAAGAUGGGUGGGAAGGUGCAAGGCAUCUCUCGAUACCAUGUUAUGUACAGAAAUGCUAGCCGUACAGAAGCAGUUAGGUCUUUCAAAAGCAGGGAAAGCAGUGUUCCAGAAGACCUGCUGCGGCGAGCCUUUGUGAAAAUGAGUACAUCUCCUGAAGCCUUCCUGUCUCUGCGGUCCCAUUUUGCCAGCUCUCAUGCACUGAUUUGCAUCAGCCACUGGAUACUUGGUAUUGGAGACAGACAUCUGUCCAACUUCAUGAUUAACAAGGAGACAGGUGGCAUGGUGGGAAUAGACUUUGGAUAUGCGUUUGGCUCAGCUACGCAGUUUUUGGGCGUGCCAGAGUUGAUGCCUUUUCGCCUGACUCGCCAAUUUGUUAAUCUGAUGAUGCCAGUGAAAGAGUGGGGUCUCAUUUACAGCGUGAUGGUGCAUGCCCUGAGGGCUUAUCGUCAGGAUCCAGAUCUCCUCAUCAGCACAAUGGAUGUAUUUGUAAAAGAGCCUUCUUUGGACUGGAAGAACUUUGAGCAAAGACAGCUGAAAAAAGGAGGCACGUGGAUUAAGGAAAUAAACACAUCUGAAGUAAACUGGUACCCUUUGCAAAAAGUCAGCUAUGUCAAAAGAAAGCUCACAGGUGCCAAUCCAGCAACAAUCACUUGUGAUGAACUACGCCUGGGCCACGAGAAGUCGCUUUCUUACAAUGAUUUUGCAGCUGUGGCUCGUGGUAACGCUGAUCAUAAUAUCAGAGCCAAGGAGCCAGAGGAUGGACUUUCAGUAGAGACCCAAGUGAGGUGCCUGAUCGAUCAAGCAACAGACCCCAAUGUUCUUGGCAGAGUCUGGGAAGGAUGGGAACCCUGGAUGUGA